GCGGAGCGCGGGGAGGAGGGAGGUGUCCCUGUCAGCGGCGUAGUCGACGGCGGCCCCGGCCAUGGAAGAGACGCAGCCGCUUCCGCAGUCCGAGCUGCCGCUGUGCGACAGCCUUAUCAUCUGGCUGCAGACAUUCAAUACUGAUGCACCUUGUCAGGAUGUCACACAGCUGACUAAUGGAGUUGCCAUGGCACAAGUUCUUCAUCAAAUUGAUGUAGCUUGGUUCAAUGAAUCUUGGUUAAGCCGAAUUAAAGAGGAUAUUGGUGACAACUGGAGAAUAAAGGCUAGUAAUUUAAAGAAGGUACUUCAAGGAAUUAUGAGUUAUUACAGUGAGUUUUUGGGGCAGCAGAUUUCUGAAGAACUUAUCCCUGAUUUAAACCAAAUAAUUGAAUGUUCAGAUUCUGUGGAGCUUGGGAGAUUGCUCCAGCUUAUUUUAGGCUGUGCAGUCAACUGUGAAAAGAAGCAAGAACAUAUUCAAAAUAUAAUGACACUAGAAGAGUCUGUUCAACAUGUGGUCAUGACUGCUAUUCAAGAGUUGAUGAGUAAAGAAAUAUUGAGCUCUCCUACAAAUGAUGCUGUUGGAGAAUUAGAGCAACAGCUUAAAAGGGCCUUGGAAGAACUUCAAGAAGCACUAGCAGAAAAAGAAGAACUGAGGCAAAGAUGCCAAGAACUAGAUAUGCAGGUGACUGCACUUCAAGAUGAAAAGAAUUCAUUAGUUUCUGAGAAUGAGAUGAUGAAUGAAAAACUUGACCAGUUGGAUGGAUCUUUUGAUGAUCCAAAUACAAUGGUUGCAAAAAAGUAUUUUCAUGCACAGUUACAACUAGAACAAUUACAGGAAGAAAACUUCAGGCUUGAAGCUGCAAAAGAUGAUUACCGUGUUCACUGUGAAGAACUUGAAAAGCAACUAAUUGAAUUUCAGCAUAGGAAUGAUGAACUGACUAGUCUUGCUGAAGAAACAAGAGCCCUGAAAGAUGAAAUAGAUGUUCUUAGGGCUACCUCUGAUAAAGCAAAUAAACUAGAGUCAACAGUCGAGAUAUAUCGUCAGAAGCUACAAGAUCUGAACGACCUUCGCAAGCAGGUGAAAACUUUACAAGAAACAAACAUGAUGUAUAUGCAUAAUACAGUCAGCUUAGAAGAAGAAUUAAAGAAGGCAAAUGCAGCACGUACGCAGUUAGAAACAUACAAGAGGCAGGUUCAGGAUCUUCACAAUAAACUUUCCUCUGAAUCCAAAAGGGCAGAUACACUAGCAUUUGAAAUGAAGCGGCUUGAAGAAAAACAUGAAGCUUUACUUAAGGAAAAAGAGAGACUAAUAGAACAACGUGAUACUCUGAAAGAAACGAAUGAAGAGCUUCGAUGUUCACAAGUACAACAAGAUCAUCUAAACCAAACAGAUGCAUCUGCUACAAAAAGUUAUGAGAAUCUUGCUGCUGAGAUUAUGCCAGUGGAAUAUAGGGAAGUGUUUAUUCGACUGCAACAUGAAAAUAAGAUGCUCCGCUUGCAACAGGAAGGCACUGAGAACGAGCGUAUUGAGGAACUUCAGGAGCAGCUGGAACAGAAGCACCGCAAGAUGAAUGAACUGGAAACCGAGCAAAGGCUGAGCAAAGAGCGUAUCCGAGAAUUGCAGCAGCAGAUUGAGGACCUCCAGAAAUCUUUACAGGAACAAGGCUCCAGGUCUGAAGGAGAAAGUUCCAGCAAACUAAAGCAGAAGUUGGAAGCUCAUAUGGAAAAACUAACUGAGGUCCAGGAAGAAUUACAGAAGAAACAAGAGCUCAUUGAGGAUCUUCAGCCAGAUGUAAACCAGAAUGCACAAAAGAUCAAUGAACUUGAAGCUGCUCUUCAGAAGAAAGAUGAAGAUAUGAAAGCGAUGGAGGAGAGAUAUAAAAUGUACUUGGAGAAAGCAAGAAAUGUAAUAAAAACUUUAGAUCCCAAAUUAAAUCCAGCAUCAGCUGAAAUAAUGCUACUUAGAAAGCAGUUGGCAGAAAAAGAGAGAAGAAUUGAGAUUCUGGAGAGUGAAUGUAAGGUAGCAAAAUUCCGUGAUUAUGAAGAAAAACUCAUUGUUUCUGCCUGGUACAAUAAGAGUCUGGCAUUCCAGAAACUGGGGAUGGAGUCUAGACUCGUGAGCGGCGGUGGCACUGGCAAAGACACUGGUGCGUGUACCCCCGCCCGGUCUUUCUUAGCGCAGCAGCGGCACAUCACCAGCACCAGAAGAAAUCUCUCUGUCAAAGUUCCUGCUACAACACCCGAUUAAACUACAAAAGAAAACAUAAACAGAA